AUGGGCAAAGAGGAGGAACCUAUGGGCACGCUGAUGGGAAGAUGGCCAGAGAUGCCGGGGGAGAACCAGAGGGCCUCGGGGUCAUGGGAACAGAAGGGAGAGAGAGAACUGGCUCAAAGUUGCGGGAUCCGAGGGACACAGGCCGCCAGACUUCAUCCCAGCCGCGGGGGCAGAAAGCGCCUUGCAUCUGCGGCGCACGGAAGAGGGGUCCUUAUGCCCUACCCAAGCCGAAGCCCUCGGCUCCCACCUGGGGCCAAAGAGUUCAGAGAAAGAGAGCAAGUAAAUUUGCUUAAGUUCCUGGAAGUUGAUCAGGAUCGAAUCAGGAAAGAACAGAAAACGAUGCCAGCGCCGGGGGUGUCCCCACCUGCGGUCCCCAGCUUCGGCGCCCAGGCAGAUGGAGCAUCGCGAGGGCUAGGGUCGCAGCUCCGGGGAGUCGAGAAAGCGGCCGCCACCGGGGCGCAUUCGUGGGCCAGACAGAUAGGUGGCACUCGAAGCUCGGGGGAAGAAAAAAAGGCCAAGGCGCCGGCCCCGAGUGGCCUCCGCAGCGGCCGCCGCCACCAUAAAGCCCGCGGCGAGAUUGCGGCCGGCGCCAGGGAGAGCGCCUCCCGGGCACCCCCAACUGACUGCCACUUUCCUGGGGCGCAGGCACUGCACUUAAUAGUUGGGUCAAUAAACAGCCCCGGUCAGCUGCAGCCUCUGUGCCUGGGGCGCGCGCCCUGGAAAUCUUCGGGCCCUUCGGGGAGCUAG